CCCUGAAUAAAGCGUGCUUGAUUUCCUUAAGAAGUCGUUAAACCGAUUCCAAUUUAUCAAACUUUUUCCGAUGGCCGUUUUCAGUCCGAGCUAUUCCUCAACUUCCCCACUCCUCUCCUUCAAAUCCUCGCCGUCAAAUUCGCCGUUACCCAACGUCUCUUUGUUUCCUUCAAAUCGCCGUAGUUUUUCCCGAAUUCGGUCCACUCUCAGAUUGAAAGCCGCUCUCAGUGUCGAGUCUCCGUCGUCUUCCGCCACCAACCGCGGGGAUGACUCGCCGAAGAUUUUGCUUGAAGUGAAGAACCUCUCUGCCGUCAUAAGGGAGUCAAAGCAGCAAAUUCUCAAAGGCGUUGACCUCACUGUCCGCCAAGGCGAGGUACAUGCUGUAAUGGGUAAGAAUGGUUCUGGGAAGAGCACUUUUGCCAAGGUUCUUGUCGGGCAUCCAGAUUAUGAAAUUACGGGAGGUAGUGUGUCAUUUAAAGGUGACAAUCUACUUGAGAUGGAUCCUGAGGAAAGAUCUCUUGCUGGUCUUUUUAUGAGCUUCCAGUCCCCAGUUGCCAUUCCUGGAGUUAGCAAUAUUGAUUUUCUUAACAUGGCAUACAAUGCUCAACGGAGAAAACUUGGACUACCAGAGUUGGGACCAAUUGAGUUUUAUGGGUACAUUGCACCGAAGCUUGAACUUGUCAACAUGAAGAUAGACUUCUUGAAUAGAAAUGUAAAUGAAGGAUUCAGUGGUGGAGAAAGGAAGCGCAAUGAGAUUCUACAACUAGCGGUUCUUGGGGCCGACUUGGCAAUAUUGGAUGAGAUUGAUUCUGGUUUAGAUGUUGAUGCACUUCGAGAUGUAGCAAAGGCCGUAAAUGGACUUCUGUCGCCAAAGAAUUCGGUGUUGAUGAUUACUCAUUACUUACGAUUAUUAGAAUUUAUCAAGCCAACCUAUAUUCAUAUCAUGGAGAAUGGGAGAAUUGUGAAAACCGGAGACAUAUCAAUAGCUAAAGUUCUGGAGAAAGAAGGCUACAAAGCAAUUUCCGGCGCGUAGGGGCUGCCAUGAAGGAAGGCCAUUGACAAUGAUGAAUUUUCCAGCUUUUCAGCAACCAUAGCAAAUUUUGAGACAGAUUUGGCAAUUAACUUAUUUGAGACAGCGACAGCGCGUGAUCUUCCACUUUGCUCAUCAAAUGACUCGGAAGAUGUCCAUACCCAUUUGUCUCGAGAUGUAAGAGUAAGUCCCCUGGUGUUGUCAGGAAGGGGAAGUUAGACGGGAUUGAGUCUAUAUACUUCUUGUAUUUUGUUUCUACCCCAGUAUCUUUGUUGUUCUUUUUGUUUUUCUUUUAUGGGGGGGCGAUUGAUAUGUCAUAGAUUAGUCUAUGCAUGUUCUUUAAACGGAAUAAAAAAAUGUUCUUUAAAAUGAGCCUGAUGUUCUAAUUUAUGUAUUUUUAGAAAAGCAUCAAUGCUGUGGACUCUUUA